AUGGCUCAAAUACGAUCCAUGGAAGCCCGCGUUGGGCGGAAAAACCAACGCUACGGUUCCAAAGGCGAGCGACUGGUCGCCGGCGUUGUCCCUAUUUCCGCCGAUAAGACCAAAGUCCUCAUGAUCCAGUCAGCCGGCCCCGGAGGCUGGGUGCUCCCUAAAGGAGGAUGGGAGUUGGAUGAAAAAACCGCCGAGCAGGCGGCAUGCCGCGAAGCCUGGGAGGAGGCCGGCGUGGUGUGCGCCGUGAGCAGAGAUCUCGGUCUCAUCCCAGACAUGAGACCCACCGGCCAUUUAACGGCGCAAGCGCCCAAGGCCUCAUAUCAAUUUUUCGAAGUGACCGUUGAACGCGAAGAGACCGAAUGGCCCGAGAUGCACAAACGGAAACGUCAAUGGGUCCCCUAUGCGCAGGCCGCUACGGCGCUCGCAAAUCGACCGGAACUUCUGGAAGCGUUGAAUCGCAGUUCCUUAAAGCGGUAG